UUACAGAACACAGGCAGCGUGGUGUUCUUUACAGACUUUGAUAGAAGCCAGGGCAACUACAUCACCGAUGCCGAUGGCAACUGUUUGCUUGACCUCUACACACAGAUUGCUUCCAUUCCAUUGGGUUACAAUCAUCCGAAAAUGGUUGAGGUUUUGAAGAAUGACAAAAACUGGGCCCUUUUUGCCAACAGACCAGCCCUUUCAUCAUUCCCACCUAAAGAAUGGGUCAGCAAAUUAAACAAGACAUUAAUGUCGAUGGCACCACCUAAUCUAACUCAUGUUCAGACAAUGGCAUGUGGAGCUUGCUCUGUGGAAAACUGCUUAAAAUCCAUGUUCAUGGUGUACCAGAGACAGAAGCGGAAAGGUCAGCCGCCAUCAGCUGAAGAACUGCAAUCAUGCUUGGUGAACGAACCACCGGGUUCCCCUGACCUGUCCAUUCUAUCUUUCAAGAACUCUUUCCAUGGCAGAACAAUGGGGGCUCUAGCUAUCACACACGCCAAAUGGUUCCACAAGCUGGAUUUUCCCCAGCCUCGCUGGCCUGUAGCAUCCUUCCCUUAUCUGAGAUACCCCUUGGAAGAGAACCAGCGGGAAAAUCGAAUCGAAGAGGACAGAUGUUUAGCUGAGGUCGAAGAACUGAUAGAGAAGUACUCCAAGAUGAAACAGCCUGUUGCCGGAAUCUGUGUUGAACCAAUCCAGGGUGAAGGGGGAGACAACCAUGCUACACCAUAUUUUUUCCAAAAUCUUCAGAAGAUUUGCAAAAAGAACCAUAUCAGUCUGAUGUUGGACGAAGUUCCCGUCUCCAAGGUGAUCAAAGAGGAUAACCUCUUAAGUCUGGUUCGGGAGACAGGUAGAUACCUGCUCACCUCUCUCGAAGAUGCUCAGCGGAAGUACCCAGGUAUUUUAAGCCGAGCCCGAGGUCUUGGAACCUACAUUGCCAUUGAUUUCAAAGAUGGUGCCACUCGAGAUGCUUUCAUCCAAAAUGCAAGAUUAAAAGGCAUCAACCUCGGUGGAUCUGGAUCGGUCACUCUACGUUUCCGACCGACUUUGACCCUCAGAAAGAAACAUGUCAACAUAUUCUUGGAUGUUCUUCAUUCUCUGUUGGCGCAGAUGAAAUAAUUCCUUGUUCCUCCUUGGUCGUUGCCAAUCCAUUGUCAAUCUCUACCCCCCCCCCAUCUCUUUCUUUCUCUCUCUGUUCAUUUAGUGUCCAUCAAUGUUGGUGGUGGUGGUGAUGGUAUUUAACCCCAGGUCAAGGUUGAUCAAACAGCUCUAGGCUACAAUUGUUGAACAUGAUGGGGGUCCCAAUUACAACAAAUAUAGUUCUAUAUUCAAGAGAUGAGGAAUUAUGUACAUUAUUUACAUUAUUUACAAUUGACGGAUAUUUAUCCUCAUUUUGUUUGUUGUUAACACAACAUUUUGGCUGAUAUACCUUCCAGCCUUCAUCAGGUGUCUUGGAGAAAUGAGAACCUGGGUUCUCAUUCCUAAGGUAUUUUUUGAUGUUGUUGUUAUUAUUAUUAUUAUUAUUAUUCAGGUUACUGCCUGGAAUCAAACUCGGAAUCUUGGGGUUAGUAGCCCACACUCUUAACUACUACGCCAUACGACAUAGUGGUUAAGAGUGCGGGCCCAAGAUUCCGAGUUUGAUUCCUGGCAGUAACCUGAAUAAUAAUAAUAAUAAGAAGAAGAAGAAGAAGAAGAAUGAUAAGAAUAUUGAAAAAUACCUUAGGAAUGAGAACCCAGGUUUAAAUUUCCCCAAGACACCUGAUGAAGGCUGGAGGGCGUGCACAUGCACACAUACACAACACUCACACAUAUGCACACAGACACAUACGUACUCUGACUCAUAAAGUACCACAGACACAGAAAUGGUUCCAAGUCUUGUUUCGAUGACAUUAUCUAAAGAAACUUUCUUGCAUUCUAUCCAAAAAUGGAAAACCUAAUUCUUCUCAGGAAGAAUUUCAAACACAUCCAUUACACUCAAAACACAGUAGUGGUAGUGGUAGUAGUAGUAGUAGUAGUAGUAGUAGUAGUAGUAGUAAUUAUAAUAACGAUGACGAUGAUGAUGAUGGUUUCAAAUUUUGGCACAAGACCAACGAUUUUGAGAGGAGGGGCAAGGUAUUUACAUCUACCCCAAUACUUUUUGUUCCAACGACCCUGGAGUGAUGAAAGACAAAAUUGACCCCGGUGGGAUUUCAACUCACAAUGUAAAGAGCUGGAACAAACACUGCAAGGCAUAUCCCCAUUGUUUAAACAAUUCUGUCAAUUCAACACUCUUAAUAAUAAUAAUAAUAAUAAUAAUAAUAAUAAUAAUAAUAAUAAUAAUAAUGAUAAUAAUGAUAAUAAUAAUAAUAAUGAUAAUGAUAAUAAUAAUUACAAUUGAAUCAUGCUCUUUGUCUUGACUGUUUACUUUUGUGAAGAGUUACGUCAAUCCUUUUUAAAAUAAUACUAUAAUAAUAAUAAUGAUGAUAAUAAUAAUAAUAAUAAUGAUAAUGAAUUUGACAGUAGUAACAGACCAUUACCCCAUUCCUUUCCAUUUAUCU